AUGAAUCCACAAACGUCCACCCGCCCCGUCCAGAAGCUUUCCAAGGCAGUCGCCAAAUGCGCGGUAGAGGCUGCUGCAUAUGGGAAAUGCAUCAUGGCGGAUUAUAAUGAUGUGUACAAGGAUAAAUGCGCUCGAGAGUUUCUGAGGUUGAAAGACUGCUACCUGGUGAGUACACCAAAUAUCCUCCAUCUACUUGCAUACAUUGCAGAGAGCUGA